CUUCAAGGGCGAAGUGUCAGCUUCCAUGAUGUUUCAACCGACGUCGAUACUCAUCGAUAUAACACAAGGUACUUAGCUUCCUGAGUGUAGUACCUGCUUGUUGAAGUGAUUCGUCAUCUGUGAAAUCCGAUCGACCUCGGAAACUGUGGGCUGUAUAAGUACCAAGUGGAUACGUCCGCUCCCAUGCCAAUUUGUUGGGGUUGAUGGGCGUGACGGUUGAAAGCUUAAAUACAAGAGCAGCUACCCCGACUCACAACUCUCACUUUCAUCAUCAUUUCCAGUCAAGUCAAACAUUUUCUUUCAAAGUCCAAGCAAGCAUCCAAAAUCAGUAGUCACCAUGGCCAACCAAGACCAAAUCACCUUCUUCGACAUCCCCACCAAGGAUGGCCGCACAUGGACUCUCAACCCCUGGAAGACCCGCUUCGCCCUCAACUACAAAUCCCUCCCCUACACCACCACCUGGCUCGAAUACCCCGACAUCGCGCCCACCCUCUCUCCCCACCUCCCGCCCGCCGCCCCCGUGCCCUCCACGAGCGCAUACACCAUCCCGGCCAUCCGCUUUCCCGACGGGACCUACAUGAUGGACUCCAAGAAAAUCGCCUUGGCCCUCGAAGAGCGCUACCCUUCUCCCCAGUACCCCUCCCUGCACCUGGACUCGCCCGUACUCGCCAAGUUGGAACCCAUCGUGUCUCGCUUGCUGGGAAAGGUGGUUGGCAUCUUCGUCCCCGGCGUCGCGAAGAAGGUUCUCGGCCCCAAAAGCGCGCCGUAUUUUAUUCGCACGCGGGAGGAGGCGUUCGGGAUGUCGAUUGAUGAACUCGAAAGGACGCAGGGUGGGGUCCAAGUGUAUGCGGAGAAGAUUGGGGAGGAGUUGAGGGAGGUUACGGCUAUGUUGAAGGAAACUGCAGGGCCGUUUUUCGAGGCUGGCAAGGUGACUUAUGCGGAUUUUGUGUGGGCUGGGUUUUUGAUCUUUAUGAGGUAUGCGGAUGAGGAAGGGUUUGAGAAGUUGUUGGAGGCUACGGGGGAUGGGGAUGUGCAUGAGAUGUUGUUGAUGAGCGUGUGGCCUUGGGCGAGGGAUGAUAUCUGAUAUCCGGGGGCAGAAAGGGGUGGAGUAACAGGACUAAUGGGUGACAGAACAACAUUACAACUUCAGAAUAGUGAUAUGAUUGAUUUCUCGCGAUGAAGCCAAUCCCGGCGCCUAUGGGAGCCAGACAUUCCCCAAGGGUCUCUUCAGC